GAAGCGCAAAAGAUAUUACGAGUCUCACCUUUGUACCAUAAAAGCGACAAUCCGCAGUCUCUCCCAAAAUCACAAAUAACCUAUCUGCUUCAAAUUAGGGUUUCUCUCUCUCCUCACCUCAACCCUCUCUCUCACUUUCUCUCUCCUCAAAACCUUCGAGCUUCUACAUCAAUGGCGGACGAUGCUCAAUACGAAUCUCACAAGAGAAAAUACGAAGAGGAUACCUCGCCACCGCGUCAACGUCGUCCUACUGGUUUCUCCGAUGGUCCUCCUCCCGCUGCCGCGCCGUUCGGAAACGUUCCGCCGCCAUUGGAGGAUUUUCAGCUUGCUAAACAGAAGAUUCAAGAACUUGCUUCUCUCGCUUUCAAUGCUGAGGCUAAGCGUUCGAAGUUUGAUAAUGGCGGUUAUGGUUCCAACGCUAAUGUUUUGUCAGAUCAGAAGCCUUUAUCAUCAAAUAUUCAGGUUGGUGGUGCUGCUCAUGGCUACUCUGGUAGCUCUGAUUGCAAAAAGAUUGAAAUACCCAAUGGACGAGUUGGUGUUAUCAUUGGCAAAGCAGGGGAUACCAUCAAGAAUCUCCAAAUUCAAUCCGGAGCAAGGAUCCAGGUGACUAGAGAUUCAGAACAUGACCCAAGUUUGCCACACAGGACUGUUGACCUGAUGGGAAAUCCAGAUCAAAUUGCAAAAGCUGAGCAGCUAAUUUAUGAGGUUCUUGCUGAGGCUGAUGCUGGAGGUCCUGGGUCUGUUUCAAGGAGGAUGCCAGGAUCAUCAGGGUCUGAACCAUAUGUUUUGAAGGUCCCAAAUAACAAGGUUGGGUUGGUUAUUGGUAAAGGAGGUGAGACCAUAAAAAAUAUCCAAACCAGGUCUGGAGCUAGAGUGCAGGUUAUUCCAUUGCAUUUGCCCCCUGGUGAUGCACCUAUGGAAAGAACUGUGCAGAUUGAUGGUACAAGUGAGCAAAUUGAGGUUGCAAAACAAAUGGUCAAUGAGGUCAUUGAGAAUCGCCUUAGAAAUCCAGCAAUGACUGGCGGAUAUUCUCAGCAAGGCUACCAAGCACGGCCUCCUACAAACUGGGCUCCUCAACCCCCUCAAAUGCAGCAACCUGCCGGUUAUGGCUACAUGCAGCAGCCUGGAGCUUAUCCUGGUGCAUCAUCUCAAUACAAUCAACAACCUUACCCUGGCUAUCCUCCUCAAAACUGGGACCAGUCAAGUGCUUCUCAGACUCAACAGCCUCAAGGAACUGGAUAUGAUUAUUACGGGCAGCAGCAACCCCAAACUCAGCAGCAGCAACCACCUAACGGGCCCCAAACUGCUAGCACUGGUUACAACUACAGUCAGCCACCAACUUCUGGUGGGUAUAGCCAACAAGGAUACUCUCAAGAGGGAUAUGCGACUGGAUACCAAGGUUAUGGCCAGCCGACCGCUAAUCCUCAAUCUGGGUAUGAUCAGCGCCAGGGUUAUGGCUCAACUCCCGGCUAUGGAAACGCGGCUAACCCUCCAACUCAAGAUGGUCACCCUCCUGCCUAUGGUACCCAAGGUGAGACUGGUCAAACACCAUCAUCCGGGCAACCACAACAGGGAUACAUUGGGAGCCAGCCAAGUCCUAACCCUGCAUACCCAACUCAGCCUGGUUAUGGUGUUCCACCAACCUCACAACCCAGUUAUGGGACUUCAUCUGUACCACAGGCAGGUGCAUAUCCUGGUUAUGGGCCACCCCAGGGCCAGAAAACACCACCAAACCCAUCAGUGUAUGGUCAACCUCAGCAAUCACCAUCUCAGGUAGGGGGUUAUGCUCCACCUGCUGCUGGUCAGCCUGGAUAUCCACCCUCACAACCAUCAGCUCCACCAGGUGCUGCUGCUUCUUAUGGAGCUGGAACUGCUCAGUCUGGUGCUUAUCCCCAAGCCUAUGGCGCACCACCUGUAACCCCACCAAGCUAUGGGCAGCAACCGUAUUAUGGUGGUGCUUAUUCCCAGCCUGCUGCAUAUCCUUCCGAUGAUAAUGGGGUGGCUGCUGCUGCACCUGCUCCUGCUUCCCAGCCUGCUGCUCAGCCUAAUGGAGCUGCCAAAGCAUCACCUCAGAGCUAGUGUUUGUAUGAGAGGUAUUGAUUAGAAGUUCAGUUUGUGCCUGUAGUAGUUUAGGAUUUAAAUACAUUUGCUGUUCUGUAAAAUUUUGGAUGGUUAUGUUAGUUUCUUCUAUAUGGUAAUCAUAUAACUUGUUUGAUUUCUGUCAUCGUUAACUAUUCAAGUCUCCAGUGUUAAAUUGAGUAUUA